AUGGACAAUUACCGCUGUAGCAUUGAGGGGCGUUUUGUUUCAAAAGUCGUUAAGGGGGAUGUCAUCGCUACACGAAAACAUCUUCCACUAAUGGGGAAAAUCAACAGCGAUUAAAACGAAAGUAUUUGGACUUGAAAACGGAAAUAUAACAUGAAGGAUAUGGUUGAUCGAAGCUUGCCAAACUCAAUGAUAUUUUAACUUUGACGAGAGAGAGAAGAGAUUGCAGUUGAAGCUGGAGGCCAAUGCUGUCGUUCGUGCUCAAGUAUGUGCUGCUGCCGAUCGCCGUCUUUCUGUUCCUCAUUCUGGUUUUAUUGGCCUUCUGGCUGAUUUACCGAAGAUCGCAACAACAAAGGCAGAGCCAAAAGUCGGACGCUAACAAGACGAAAUACACAAAACCGAGCAUCGCCAUUCCGGAUUUUACGAUACCGUUCUCUCUUCGGACAGUGGGAGAACAGUUACCAGCGGAACGCUCGGAGAGUGAAGAUAGCACCCAUUCGUCAGCUAAGAGAAAUGGAUGUAGAAAGAUGGCCAUUGGUGGCCUUAGGCCGGUUUUGACUGUGGAUGGUGAAGAGCAUGGCGAACGCGAUGACACUUUCGUGAGUCGUCCAAUCAGCAAGCAGCGUCGUGUGGCGGCUGGCAUUGACAAUGACCUCAGGUCAUGGAAUCAGGAUAAGACUUCUCGCCUCUCAGUGGCAGCUUUGUCGGAUUUCGAUCGAGCAAGCUCUGUCGCCUCGUUUUCAAGUACGGAAAUGGACGUGUCCACGAGAUACUCAACGUCAGAUAUCGAUCAAAAAGGAGGGCGAAAUACAUCUGCGAAAGAGAGGCAGCGGAGAAUAAGUGUUGCUGUUGUGCAGAGCCUGAGAGCUGAAGGAAAGAAAGUUUCAUUGUCACAACCAAGCAUACUUGAAGGGGAGCGAGGAAAUGCUCUAGCUGCCGCCCUCGAAGCAGCCAGCUUGGAAACAACCCUGCAACAGCCUCGUGAGAAGGUUUCCGAAGGGAGUGAGGACGAGGCGGAUCCUGCUGAUGUAACCGAGGCUUCAAAUCUGAAAAGACGCAUAGCUGGGAGGAGGGGACAGGAAAAGCGAAAAUAUCUCAAAACUGGCAAACUUUGUUUUACAACGCAAUACCACAGCAGCGAACAGAAACUAGAAAUUAUCGUCAUAAGAGCAUUCGAUUUAGGAAAGAGGAAAGAUAAUGACGAUGUAAAUCCUUUUGUGAGAAUGUACCUCGUUCCAGGAAAGAAGCAAAAACAGCAUACGCGAGUGAAGAGAAGGACAAAGGAGCCGUAUUUCAAUGAAAAGAGAAUGUUUUAUGAAAUAUCGGAAAGUGAUUUCGCUUCACAUCGAUUGAAACUAAAGGUUUACAGUAGAGAAGCUAUUGCGAGAAAUGAGUUACUCGGUGAAGCAGAGAUCUCUCUUGGCUCAUUAAAACUAACUGAGAAAGAAUCUUUCAGUUUGGAUUUAUUCUUAGUCAAGGAUGAGCUUGGUGCACAGAUAAUGCUGUCACUUUGCCAUAAUGCGGCAAGCUCUCAGCUAGAAGUCAUGGUGCACAAGGCAAAGCAAGUGCCAAAACUCAGUGCUGUGGGCUACCCUGACACCUACUGCAGAAUCAACCUUUGGCGUGAAGACGGUCUGGACAGGCGAGAAACGAAAAUUAGGCGCAAUUCAAAACACCCUGUCUGGGACGAAAAGCAUGUUUUCGACGUAUCUACGAGUAGCAGCGACCCCCUGAACACGCUUUCACUUGUGAUAACGCUGAUCAGUCAUAGCUUCAUGGGCAAGGACGAGAUCAUUGGUCACGUGAUAUUUAGCAUGGAUGCGAAGCAGCAGUCGGCAGUACAGCAUUGGAGGCAAGUGAACGACUCGCCCUAUGUCUCCAUUACAAACUGGCAUUCAUUUAUAGACCCCGAAGAGGUUUGAACAUUAGAAAUUUUAUUUAACACGAUAAUCAUGUAAAGGUAGCUUGUAUGUAUUUAUGCUCGAUAAACAAUAUUUCACAACAUAAAUGC